UCCUGGGUGAUGCCGCUGGUGUGGCUGGAGAAGAGCCUCAACGCGUCGUCCCUGCUCGAGUCCCUGCGGCACAGCCUGCCCCUGGCCGGGCUGCAGCAGGACGCGGGCACCAGCGUCACCCCCGUGCCCACCGCGGCCACCGGCACCUUCAUGACGCCGCGGGAGCUGCUGGAGCGUGGCACCAACACGAGCGCCCGGGGGCCCGCGGGUGCCAAGGACAGCGCUGCCGAAACGGACUCCUUGCUCUGGCACUGUCCCCGGGAGCAGCUGAAGUCGCUGCCACGCGCGGAGCUGGAGGGGCGCCUGGAGAGCACCCUCAUCAUCAUCGAGGCGCUCUCGCUGCAGCUGCGCGACUGGCAGGAGAGCCAGCGGCCGCUGCCCGCCGUGGGGCCGGCCGCGCAGCGCGACGUGCUCACGCAGACGGACGUCACCCGGCCCCGAGGGGAGGAGGAGAUCUACCACAGCCUCUACGUGGAGCUGCGGAGGAAGACGGAGGCCUUGCAGCGGCAGCAGGCGGCGGAGCAGGAGCUGAAGCGGGAGCUGGAGCGGGCGGCCGCGGGCACGAGCGCCUGGGCUGAGCAGUGCCUCCUGCUUCGCGGCCUCAUGGAUGCGGCUUUCCGGAGCCUGCGGGAUGACCAGGGAGCCCUGGCCUGGGAGCGUGAGCAGCUGAGGUCCUUGGUGUCCCGCUGCGGGGCCGUGCUGCAGAGCGUCCCCGACAAGCUGCAGAGCUGCCUGCAGGAGCAGGACGCCCUCCGGCAGCGCACGGAUGAAGCCCUGCGAGCCAAAGAGGAGGGCGAUCGCUUUCUGGAGGCCUUCCGCGCCCACGCCAGCGCCGAGAUCGGCGCGCGGGAGCAGGGCCUGGCCUCCCAGAGAGAGCUGGGCGCGCUGCUGGCACACGCCGUGGACCGGCAGGCGUCUCUGGCUGCUGAGUCUCGACCCUUCCGUGAAUUCAUAGAUGUCACCUUUGAAAACCUGCAAGAGGAAAGGAGGGCCCUGGAUGAGGAGCGAGAGCUAGUGAGGUCGCUGGUGUCCCGGUGCCAGGCCAUGCUGCAGAGCGUGCCCAGCAAGCUGCAGAGCUGCCUGGACGAGCGGGAUGCCAUGAGGCAGCAAGCAGACAAAGCCCUUCAAGCCAAGGAGGAGGCCUCCCGGCAGCUGGAGGAGACAUUGGGGGCCCUGCAGGACUCGGUGGCACACGUGGAGCAGCUCACGGUGGCCAACGCGCGCCUCAGCGCAGAUCUCAGCAGCCGCAUGAAGGAGCUGGCCGGCCUGCAGCAGGAGCGGGAUGCGCUGCAGCAGGACAACGAGGACUACGGCGAGGAGACGGCCCGCCUGGCCAAGGAGAGGGACGCCCUGCAGCAGGAGCGCGACGGGCUCUGCCAGGAGCUGCGGGAGAUGACGGAGUGCCGCGAGUUCAUCGACCAGGAGAACCGCAUGUCCCGCACGCAGCUCAUGGAGGCGGAGGCCAAGCUCAGGUCCACGCUGGCUGCCCUGCAGGAGCGCAGCCGGCAGCACCAGGAGCUCCAGGACUUGCACCAGUGCCUGCAGGAAGAGCGGGCUGCGCUCCGCAAGGAGCUGGAGAGCACCAAGGCCGAGCUCCAGGAGCUGCAGCUCAGGAGGGUCAAAGUGUCUCAGUGCUCCGUAGACGUUGUUGAGAGCAAGCUGAGGCUGCAGGACCUCGCCGAUUGUCUCAGAGCUGCUUUGCAGGAGGAGGACGAGAACAGCCCCGUGCGGGGCAGAGCGCGGCCGCCGGCUCCGCGCACGCCGGGCUGGCGCACGCCGGGCGCCUGGCAGACGCCGCGCACGCCCUGGACGCCCGCGUGCCGCACGCCCGCCCGCCGCACGCCCUACCGCCCCGGAGACUCCUUCGUGGGCAGCGUCCUGAAAGCAGCGUCGGGGAAAGAUGCUGAUGAAGCCCCCAGCACGUUUACCAGGGGUGGCCCUGCCUCGACGCCAAAGCCAACAGAGCCCGAGGACGGCCUGAUGGAGAGCGCGAGGGAGCUGCGAGGCGCCGUCUCCGAGCUCGCCGUGCUGAGCUGCCGCGUGCAGGAGCUGGAGCAGAGCAAGUUCAGGGAGCUGCAGACGGACAUCUCCAACCUGCAGCUGAGGCUGGAGGAGGUGACCACGGAGAGCCAGGAGAGGACGGACGCCCAGGCUGCCACCAUCGCCAAGCUGAACAAGGCCUUGCAGGGCAAGCUACAGAACGAGAAGGAGCUGCAGGAUGUUGUGAAGCAGCAGGAACAGAAGAUGCUGCAACUCAUUGACAAGAGCGGGGAGGUCACGCGGCUGAAGGGGGAGGUCUCGGAGCUGAAGCGCUCGCUGCAGCGCGCCGAGACAGAGGCCAAGGUGCUGUGGGAGGAACUGCGAGGGCAGGAGCCCAAGGCGGACGCAGCCGGCGUCCAGGAGCGAGUGCUGCUGCGGCAGGAGGUGGACAAGCUGCGGCUGCUGCUGCUGGAGAAAGAGGAGGAAAGCUCGCGGCUCUCCUCCAAGUACCUGGAGCAGAUCCGAGCCCUGGAGCUGCGGCUCUGCCACGUGCACAAGGAGCUGAGGAGCCACGAGGAGAUGAAGGAGAAGAUGAGAGAGGUCCUCUCCUCUGUCCCCGAUGUGACCACGGGCUGCCAGGAGCUCCACAGCCUGCUCCGAUACCUGGGCCUGAGGCCGGCCGGCGGCAGCAGGGACACCGCUGACCCGCUAUAGCCCGUAGUGCGAAAUACUUCAGUUUUUAAUGAUGUAAUUAUUUAUUGAGUA